CUCGUCGCUUGUCGUCUUCUAUGUGUUCAGCAGAUGACCGUCAAUACUGAAUUGUACUGAUACCGACUGACAAGUGCAAGUGUGUUGAUGAUUGUAUCAGCAGUUUCCUAUAGGGAUCUGUGCAUUUAGCCUUUUAUUACUUGUUUUUGUUUUAGUUUCAUUAGUCGUGUGCACCAAAGUAUUUUGUUAUGCAGGAUGAAAAUCACGUUUCCCAUGAAAAUACUGAAUGUUUAGAAAAGGGAAAAUGUAAAUUAAAGUCUAGAGAAUUACAAAACCAAAAAAUGAGUACAUUUGGGGAGUAUAUAGAUAGCGUUGUAUACUGUUUGGUAACCUUUUUUAUUGCCGACGUAUUACUACGAUUUUAUAAAGCUUUAUUGGAAUACUUUAAAUAUAAAAAUCACUAUUUACCCGAAAAUCGUUUUUGGACUAUAUUGUGCCGGGCAUAUUGUUACAAUGUAGCCACUAUAGUUGUUUGCUUCUGCGUUCUUUUAGUGGCCCUAGUGCGCAUUAGUUUUACAAAGCACUUGCAUUUAAUACCGCCAGCGAUUUAUUUCGCGUAUAUGCCACUUUGGUGGUUAGUUGCUUCGGUACAAAUGGGACAUAGCACACUAGACAAUGCAAUGUUUAUACGUGGUAACCACGGUUUGGAUUCUGCGUCAAGUAUGGCUGCCAAUUUCUUUCAUGGAUAUUUGAAAUUAACACUACCAGCUUAUGCUAAUAUUUCCGGCAUACGUGAACGUAUAAGUGAUUAUGAGCAAACCCAUGGCGUACAUUUUGCAAUCCAUCGUUUAGUUAUACUAGUACCAAACAAAUUGUUUAUUAAAUCUAAAUUUGAUAGUCCAUAUUUAGAAAAGGCAGAGCCACUACCAAAAGUGUAUCUAAAUCGUGCUGGAGUGUAUCGUCCGUAUCAAAAUGAUGUCUACCGUUUUAGGAUGCCUAUUAAUAAUCGAUUUUAUUAUAUAUCAUUGGAAGGAGCUACACCUAUUUUAACAUUUUUCGAAACAUUAAAUUUUCCACUCACAACGACAAAAGAGGUAGAAGAGAUGCAGCGUGAAAUUCUUUUGAAAUUUUAUAAAUACUUGAAGCAAUUGGUAAAUAAAUGUCCUGACACCGAAGAGGAAAUUGAGUUCAUUUUCUAUAACGAGUCCAAACCAAAUGGUCAAAAACAGGACAUUGGAGAGAUGCUGUUUAAUCACUUUGAACAACUGAUACUAUCCAGACAGUUGCCGAAUACGAACGAAACUCUUCGCGAAUCAGUAGAUGAUUACAGUUUAACAAAAAAUUGAAAGCCAGAACGAUAUGGAUACUAUAGAAACAUUAAUUUUAAUCUGAUCCUAAUGCUAUAAGUAAAUUGUGUACCUAUAACUAAUUGCUAGUUAGAAAACCAUAUUUAAAAUGUCUAAAAUAUAAACAAGCAGUCAAUGCUUAGUAAUUAUAUUUUCAAAAUUUUUACAAUAACAUAUGUUUAUUUCAAUUCUUAGAAAUAUAAAUAUAACUACAAA